AUGGAAAGACUUGCCAUCUUCCAGUGGUCCAAUCUAUCUCCAUUCCAUUCAUAUUGGGCAGUAAAAGCAUGCAACUUCGAUACUAGCACUACUGGAGAGGAAAGAAAAUUGCAACUUCAAGAACUUGAGGAGAUUAUACUGGAAGCUUAUGAGAAUUCACGGAUUUACAAGGAAAAGACUAAGAACUUUCAUGACAAGCACAUUGUGGUAAAAGAAUUCAAAAUUGGUGAUAAAGUGCUUUUGUAUAAGUCAUGUCUGAAAUUGAUUAAGGAGAUACAGGAAGUUACUACCGGUCAAACGUUCAAAGUGAAUGAUCACCGACUCAAGAAAUUUCAUGAGGGAGUUAAUGAAUAA